AUGCCUCAGGAGAUAGCACGGCAGUGGUUCGUGCCAGGCGAUGGUAUUGACCGUCAUGUCAUUUCUGCAGACAUCCAACGAUACUUGGGCAACGAUGCGACCGUACGGCCUGGACUGGGCACCGGCGAAAACCAGGGUGUCCAAGGCUACUGGAUCAAGGCUUAUAGGAAUUUGACCUCUGCCAUGAUUGCAGAUUUGCGUGCAGACUCUGCGCGCUGGAGACAAGAACAGCGCCAGACCGGCACUCGAGAACCUUACGUGGGCUCGUCGACGUACCACGCAUCCAGCGCGAGCCGCACUUCGCACAACCGCCGUGAUGGAGACUCCCCUUCAGUAGAUGGACCAUAUGGGCUGCCAGCCUCGCGGGAAGCAAGGAUACCAGUCGAGAGGAUGCAGGACAGAAUGCAGAUUGAUCCACCACCACAAGUGUCCCGUGGAGGCUUCCAGCCGGACAGUCGUGCUCCAUACCCGCCGGACGGCAGAGCAUUUCCAUCUGAUGGCAGAGGCUAUGCGCCGGACGGUAGGUCAUCAUUCCCCUCGGAUGCACCCAUGUCCUCAGGAGGAUUCAACGGACGCCCUCCAGUAUCUGCUCCAUAUGGCGGCCAAGAACCUCGGUAUGCCCCAAGCUACCCACAGUCCAAUGAUGGUGCUCCACCAGGCUAUGUGAGGCAAGGCAACUACUAUGUGCCGGUUUCUUCCUUUGAGCAGACCCCAUCUGUGCCCAGCAGAGCGGACAAUUAUGGCCCCGGAUCAUUUGGACAGCCACCGCAGGGACGCGAGCCAAGAGAUGCGAGAUACCAACAGCCCGAGUAUGCGGAUCCCAGGUAUGCCUACCCUAGUCCGGCGGCCACCGUGUCCUCCGUCUCUGCACGAGACCGGGAGCCGAUAUCCAGCCCGGCGCAGCCAAGUUAUGGCGCUGUGCCGCCGAGUCAAUAUGACCAAUACGGCGGCAGGACUGCGCCAAGUUCAGGCUCCACUGGUGGUUCAUCUGCAAGCAAUCCAAGCCGGCAGAGUGUCUUUGGCCGUGUUGGUGGUUCCUCUGGUCGAUCAGGCCGAAGAUAG